GGCGCAACAACUCCUGGACGAUCGACUGCAGGAACUAUCAUCCUGUGAACCCCUGCUGCUCACGUCCCCAUCAGCUCCUACUCGAACAGCGUCUCGCCCAUUUCUACAAAAUGCGCGAAAUUGUGCAUUUGCAGGCCGGCCAGUGCGGAAACCAGAUCGGAGCCAAGUUCUGGGAGGUGAUUAGUGAUGAACACGGCAUUGAUCCCACUGGUACCUACCAUGGAGACAGCGAUCUGCAGCUAGACAGGAUCAGCGUCUACUACAACGAGGCCACAGGUGGAAAAUAUGUGCCCCGUGCCAUCCUGGUGGAUCUGGAGCCUGGGACGAUGGAUUCAGUCAGAUCUGGUCCCUUUGGGCAAAUCUUCAGGCCUGACAACUUCGUCUUUGGUCAGAGCGGAGCUGGAAACAACUGGGCCAAGGGCCACUACACUGAAGGAGCGGAGCUGGUGGAUUCGGUGCUGGAUGUUGUGAGGAAGGAGGCUGAAAGCUGUGAUUGCCUCCAGGGCUUCCAGCUCACUCACUCCCUGGGUGGAGGCACUGGCUCUGGCAUGGGUACGCUGCUGAUCAGCAAGAUCCGCGAGGAGUACCCCGACCGCAUCAUGAACACCUUCAGCGUGGUGCCUUCUCCCAAAGUGUCCGACACGGUGGUGGAGCCCUACAACGCCACCCUGUCGGUCCACCAGCUCGUUGAGAACACCGACGAGACCUACUGCAUUGACAAUGAAGCUCUUUAUGACAUUUGCUUUCGCACACUUAAGCUCACCACCCCUACCUACGGAGAUCUCAAUCAUUUGGUGUCCGCCACCAUGAGCGGGGUGACCACCUGCCUGCGUUUCCCUGGCCAGCUCAACGCCGACCUUCGUAAACUAGCCGUUAACAUGGUGCCCUUCCCCCGUCUACACUUCUUCAUGCCAGGGUUUGCCCCCCUCACCAGCAGGGGCAGCCAGCAGUAUCGUUCACUGUCCGUGCCUGAGCUCACUCAGCAGAUGUUCGACGCUAAGAACAUGAUGGCUGCCUGCGACCCGCGUCACGGCCGCUACCUCACCGUGGCCGCGGUCUUCAGGGGACGCAUGUCCAUGAAGGAGGUGGACGAGCAGAUGCUGAAUGUGCAAAACAAGAACAGCAGCUACUUCGUUGAAUGGAUCCCGAACAACGUAAAGACCGCCGUCUGCGACAUCCCGCCCCGCGGCCUCAAAAUGGCCGCCACCUUCAUCGGCAACAGCACUGCCAUCCAGGAGCUGUUCAAGCGCAUCUCAGAGCAGUUCACUGCCAUGUUCCGCCGCAAGGCCUUCCUCCACUGGUACACAGGCGAGGGUAUGGAUGAGAUGGAGUUCACCGAGGCGGAAAGCAACAUGAACGACUUGGUGUCCGAGUAUCAGCAGUACCAAGACGCCACCGCUGAGGAGGGCGAGUUCGAGGAAGAGGGGGAGGAGGAAGGUGCAUAAAAUAUCCUCUAGAGCUGUCAUAGCUCAUGUCAUCCCUCAACUCCAUCCUCCUCGUUGCAUCUUGAGCCAAAAUGUCCGCCACGCUGAAGAACCAUCACCAUCCAGAUUACUGUUGCUCCAGAGAAAGACAUCAAUGGUUCUAGUGGUUUUUAGUUAAAACGUGUGUAUGUUGUGAAUGCAGUGGAUUACUGAGAUCCUUCUGUCCCGUCGUUGCCUUUCCACAUGACAAAACAAGACCUUUUAACUUUGAAGCCUUGGAAAUGGAGAAUGAAUAAAUUCAC